GUUUUAUUACAUAUUUAGCAACGCCUAUUCGUGUAAUCAAGGAUAACAAUUUAAUACAAUGAAUCGUUACUAAAUAAUCUUAGUCAUUGUUUAAAAUGAUUUUACCUAUGUUUUUCCUAAUUAUUUGUUUUUACAAAUUGUCUGAUGGAAACUGUGCAGCCAAUUUUGUGGUAGUUCUAGAAAAAGACGAGCCCCUAUCUUCUGAAGUACGAAAUUCUAAGACCCAUCAAGGUGACAAACUCAGGAAACAUGGAAAUAAGCGGAUUAGGAUUUUGGAAUACGAUUCGCAAAGAGACGAACCAACAAACAAGUUGUUUGAUACCUCAAUCUUGAACUCAGUAUUAGAAGAUUUAAGAAGUGAAUUAACCAUACCACCAUGGCCUAAUGAAAUACUAGAAGACAACAUUAAUGUACAUCCUCUAUGGUUGCAUAAAAAACCAAAACGAUUUAAUGCUCCUCACAAACAUUAUGUCCGUAAUCUUAAUUUCCGGCAACCAAAAAAGAAAUCUAAAGUAAAAUCGCACCAUAAAAUAAAAAAUAGUUUACCUGUAAUAGAAAAAAGAAGUAAGUCUGGUAGUUCCUCUAGAAAAAAUUGUGAAGAAGCAAACAGUAAGUCAUUUGGUGAGCUCAAAAAUAAGUUCAGAGAAAAUUCAUUUGAGCUGCCCUCAAAAACAGAUAGAAACGAGCACGUUUCUCCAUCUAAAUCUGCAAUGAAACACGGAAAUAGUAUAGUUCCGGAGAAACUUGCAGUCAAAAAUGAAAGUGAACCAAUUAGUUUUCCUAAAAAUAAAUUAUCUAAUAUUCCACCGAAAUCUGGCGAAGGACAACAAAAACCAACUUUAAAUACCAUUUCUAAAAUAAUUAGCAGCGAAAAUCCCGUACAAGAAAAUGAAAUCAAACUUAAAAGUGGACAAUUUAUAGAUCCGACCCACGAUUAUGUUCAACAUCUUCCCAAAAUAAACCAUACAAUACAAGUUAAACCAAAGAAGACUGAAACUCCAGCAAAGAGUUCAUUAAUGGAAAACAAGGACCCUAUUACUGAUGUAAAUGUCGAACAAACACAAACUUCUAUAAAUUUAUCAACUGACAAUUUAGUAACACCACAGACUAACUCGUCUUUAAAGGAUAACAAAAUGCCCACUUCUGCGACAUCCGAAUAUGUUGAAUAUCCUCAUAGAAAACAGUUUGGUGGUUUGCUUAGCAAUUUUAAAGUAACAGUGGAACCAAAGCCUGUUGAUAUUUCAAUAGUAACUUCUACACUAAAAAGUGAUGCAACGCCUACUCCUCCAAAAUACAGAUUUAUAGGAAAUGACAACACUAAACCAGAUUUUCAUUUACCAUUCAGUGUUUUGCCACAACAAGAAGAAAAGAUCAUAAAUACACCCACAGUUAAUGACGAACAAAAGUUGAAUACAAUGUCUGCUACAUCGAUUUAUACCUUUGUAACAGAUAAUAAGAUUGAACAAGUUCAUAACACAACUUCCGAUUUCGAAGAGGAAAUGAAUCCCAUUCUCGUUCCAAUACUCAAUUCCACAAGAAAUAUAUCGAUGGUUAAGUCUGCAAUAGAAAAUACUACAAUUUCUGCCUCUCAGGCCGAUACCUUUGACGAAAAUUACAAUAGAAAACAGCUUGAGAGCUUAUCUUUAGUCUUUACUGCACAAAUGGACCAAAUACCUAUUGAUACAUCGAAAGCUAAACCUACAAUAAUUAACAACGAUGUAAUGUCUACUACUCCAACCUACACAUUCGUCGAAGUUCACAACGGCACACAACUAUUUGAUAACUUGCCUUCUAGUGGUUCAGUACAACUAGAAGGAAAACAUGAAGAUUCCUAUGGACCUAACGAUAAAGUAUUAUCUACUACUUCGUCCUUCAAACUUAAAACUGACUACACUAUAAAAGAUCAUAGCAUUUUGCCUCACGAUAUUACACUUUUCGAUUUUCCUUUCAGUUUUUUAGAAGAAAAGAUCAUAAGAAAACCAACAAUUAGUCAUGAAAAAAAGUUGAAUACAGUCUUUGCUACAUCAGCUUACACGUUUGUAACAGAUAAUAACAUUCAACAAGUUGAUACUGUAGCUUCCGACUUUGAAGAAGAAAGGAAUCCCGUUCUCAUCCCAAUAGUCGAUUCUACAAGAAGUAUUACAACGUUUAAGUCUGCAAUAGAAAGUACCAUAGUACCCGCUUCUCAGACCGAUACCUCUGAAGGAAACUACAAUCAAAAACAGUUUGAGAACGAUACCUUCGAUGGAAACUACAAUAGAAAACAGUUUGAGAGCUUACCUUUAGUCUUUAAUACACAAAUGGACCAAAUACCUAUUGGUACUUCGAUAGCCCUUCCUACAAUUAACACCGAUGUAAUAUUUGAGGACGUACCUUUAGUCUUUACUGCACAAACGGAGCAAAGACCUAUUGGUAUUUCAGUAGUCAAUCCUACAAUUAACAACGAUGUAAUGUUCACUAUUCCAGUUUACACUAUCGUCGCAGUCUACAACAGUACACAACUAUUUGAUAAUUUGCCUUCUAGUGGAUCAGCACAAGGAGAAGGAACACAUUUGGAUUCUUUUUAUGGAUAUAACGAUAAUGUAAUAUCUACAACUACGGCUUACAAACUUGAAACUGACUACAAUAUAAAAGAUUAUAGCAGUCUGCCUCAUGAUAUUGCACAAAAACGCACACUUUUUAAUUUAUCUUUCAGUGAUUUAGUUGACAAAGAAGUAAAUAUCAUAAAAAAUCCAACAGAUAUGUCUGCUACAUCAGCUGAUACAUUUGUAGCAGAUAAUAAGAUACCAAGAACUCAUACUAUAACAUCCGACUUCGAAGAAGAAGGGAAUCCUGCUUUUAUCCCAAUAGCCAAUUCGACAAGAAAUGUAUCAACAGUUAAGUCUGCAAUAGAAAAUAACAUAGUAUUUGUUUCUCAGACAGAUACCUUUGAUGGAAAUUACAAUAGAAAACAGUUUGAGAGCUUACCUUUAGUCUUUACUACACAAAUAAACCAAAUACCUAUUGGUACUUCGAUAGCCAAUCCUACAAUUAACACCGAUGUAAUAUCUACUACUCCAACCUACAGCUUCGCCGAAGACCACGACAGUACACAACUAUCUGAGACCUUGCCUUCUAGUAGCUCGUUACAACGAGACGGAACACAGGUGGGUUCAUUUUAUGGACCUACCGAUAAUGUAAUAUCUACUACUUCGUCCUACAAACUUGAAACUGACUACAAUAUAAAAGAUUAUAGCAUUUUGCCUCACGAUAUUGCACAAAAACGCACACUUUUUAAUUUACCUUUUAGUGUUUUAGUAGACAAAGAAGAAAAGCUCAUAAAAAAACCAACAGUUAUUUAUGAAAAAAAGUUUAAUAAAAUAUCUGCUACAUCAGCUACCUCCUUUGUAACAGAUAAUAACAUUCAAGAAGUUGAUACUGUAACUUCCGACUUAGAAGAAGAAAGGAAUCCUGUUCAUAUCCCAAUAGUCAAUUUAACAAGAAAUAUAUCAAUAGUUAAGUCUGCAAUAGAAAAUAACAUAGUACUUGCUUCUCAGACAGAUACCUUUGAAGGAAACUACAAUAGAAAACAGUUUGAGAGUUUACCUUUAGUCUUGACUGCACACACACAACAAAGACCUGUUGGUAUUUCAAUAGUCAAUCCUACAAUUAACAACGACGUAAUGUUUACUCUUCCAUUUUACACCACCGUCGAAGUCUACAACAGCACACAACUAUUUGAUAAGUUGCCUUCUAGUGAUUCAGUACAACGAGACAGAACACAUGUGUAUCCCUUUUAUGGAUCUAACGAUAACGUAAUAGCUACUACUUCGUCCUACAAACUUGAAACUGACAACAAUCUAAAAGAUUAUAGCAGUUUGCCUUAUGAUAUUGAACAAAAACGCACACUUUUCAAUUUUCCUUUCAGUUUUUUAGCAGACAAAGAAGAAAAGAUCAUAAAAAAACCAACAGUUAGUUAUGAAAACAAAUUUAAUGAAAUGUCUGCUACAUCAGCUUACACCUUUGUAACAGAUAAUAACUUUCAACCAGUUGAUACUUUAACUUACGACUUGAAAGAAGAACGGAAUCCUGUUCAUAUUCCAAUAGACAAUUCGACAGAAAAUAUAUCAACAGUUAAGUCAGCAGUAAAAAAUACCAUAGUACCUGCUUCUCAGACAGAUGCCUUUGAAGGAAGCUACAAUAGAAAACAGUUUAAGAGCCAACCUUUAGUCUUUACUACACAAAUGUACCCACUACCUAUUGAUACUUCGAUAACCAAUCCUAUAAUUAACAACGAUGUAAUGUCUACUACUCCAACCUACACCUUCGUCGAAGUCCACAACAGUACAGAACUAUUUGAUAACUUGCCUUCUAGUGGCUCAGUACAAGGAGACGGAAAACGUAUGGAUUCCUUUUAUGGACUUAACGAUAAUGUGAUAUCUACUACUUCGUCCUACAAACUUGAAACUGACUACAAUAUAAAAGAUUAUAGCAGUUCGCUUCAUGAUAUUGCACAAAAACAAACACUUUUUAAUUUACCUUUCAGUUUUUUAGCAGACAAAGAAGAAAAUAUCAUAAAGAAACCAAUAGUUAGUGAUGUUAGUGAUGAAAAAAAAUUUAAUGAAAUAUCUGCUAUAUCUGCUUACACCUUUGUAACAAAUAAUAUGUUUCAACCAGUUGAUACUGUAACUUCCAAUUUUAAAGAAGAACUGAAUCCUGUUCAUAUCCCAAUAGAUAAUUUGACAAAAAAUAAUAUAUCAACGGUUAAGUCUGCAAUAAAAAAUAACCUAAAACCUGCUUCUCAGACAGAUACCUUUGAAGGAAACUACAAUAGAAAACAGUUUGAGAGCUUACCUUUAAUCUUUACUGCACAAACGGAAGAAAUACCUAUUCGUAUUUCAGUAGACAACCCUAAGAUUAACAGAGAUGUAAUGUCUACUAUUCCACCCUACACCUUCGUUGAAGACCGUAACAGUACAGAACUAUUAGAUAACUUGCCAUCUAGUGGUUCAGCAAAACAGGACGGAAAACACAAGGAUUCUUUUUAUAAACAAAACGAUAAUAUAAUAUCUACUACUUCGAUCUAUAAACUUGAAACUGACAAUACAAAAUCUUUUAGAAAUCGGUUUAACGCUGUGGAAGAAAAAACAAAGCCUAUGGAUACACCAAGAGUUAAUGAUUUCAGAGAUGAUUCUUCUGCCUACAACAUUGUAGAUCAUAACAGUAAACAUGCUAGAAGCUUGCCUUAUGAAUUUGUAGCAAAACGAAAGCGAAACAUGGCACCUUUUUCUUUAAAGUAUAGUUCUGUAAAUGACCAUAAUAACAAACAAAUCUAUCGAUUACCUUACAAUCUAGCACGAGAAGGAAAACAAAGGGCUGCUGACAUUCCACCAUUUAAUCUUAGAAAAACACAUAUACAUUACACAUAUGGUUCUGGCAUAAAACACAAACAUAAACCUUCUGUGUCCCUAAUAAGUAGAGUAAAACAUGAAAUGGAAUCUAUAAACAACUUUUUUGGAUUACCUUUAGAGAAGUCAGUUAUAGAUUCCUAUACAGGUGUAUUAAUUACUAAUCCAAAGAAUCCUAACAUGGAAAAAGAGAGUUACUACGGUUAUAAUCCAAUUAUCCAAUACAUACCUUACUACUGCCAACAAUUUUCAUUACAACGUAACAACAAAGACUUAAUAAUGAUGGUUCCAAAUUCAAAUAUGCUCCUUCUAAGAUCAUCCAACCUUAGACAAUACUGACAAGUACAACGUGUAAAAAUAUGGCGAUACUUUGUUUAGGAAUUUAUACAAAGAAUAUACAGAUUCAUGUAAUGUUUACAUAAUUACGGCAUGUUGUGGUAUAAGAUAUGACUAAGACAAGAAAUAUAUAAAAAGAGAAGUAAAAGUAAACUAUAUACAAAUCGGUCAUUUUAAAAACGACCUAUAUCCACAUCUUGUCAAAAAUAAGUUUAUAACAUUUUCAUGGAGUUUAUUCUAGCCUCUACCAUUUUUUGAAAAAACUCACACUAAUCCGACCACCGAAGGCGUUGCAUAAUAUGUUAUAAUAUAAGUAAGUAACAAGCCACAAUAAUUGCCCCCUCAUACAAUAUAUCGCAUUUAAAAUAGAUUUUCUCAAAAGUACUUCAUUGGAUAUAUGUCGUUUUUAAAAUGGCCGAUUCAUUCAAUGUAAAAAAUCCUAUUUUAUAUCUUUGUUAGAAUAUAUUAUAUGCAAUAA